CAGGUCCACAGGGUAGACCUGGUUCACCUGGACCACAGGUCCACCGGGGCCAGAGGGGAGACGGGGACGAAAAGGUCCUCCUGGUCCACCUGGUCCACCCUGUCCUGCCUGUUGUUCCAGUGAAGUGAAAAACAGGAUCAAUGAAGGAAGUAUUCGUCAAAGCCACACGUCAAAGGGUAGGAACAAUGAAUCACCAACACCACGUCCAGCUGAUAACACCACAAAUGUUUUGAAUGUUACUGACACAAAUAUGGAAUUUGAGUCAGUGUCUUUUUAUCGAAACCACAGCCGCGACACCUUGAAUGUUACCAAUGAGGAAAAUGUCACAGAGGUCCCUGUUAAAUCAUCAGCAGGCCUGCUUAUUGGAGCCUCAGGCAACAACAGCUACUCCUUCAGAAAUGUUACUGAUGCUACAAUGAAAAGUGAGUUGGUUUCACCUCGCCCAGUUUACGAAGGUGACAGCUUGAUUGAAACCAAUCUGGAAAAUGUUACAGAGGCACCGAUAAAUUUAUUAACAGUGUUACCGACACAGAGUCAACCUCACGAUGCUGGAAAUGUCUUGAACUUUACUGUCUUUGAGGAACUUUCAGGCACAUAUUUGGAAGCUGAAUCACCAGCAGCACAUCCAGCUGAAAACAUCAGAGAUGCUUUUAAUGUCUCUGACUCUGAGAAACUGGGCAAUAAAACAGAAUCAGAGCCUGCACCAGUUCAUCAAGAUUCCAGCUACAGCACGGUGAUUCUUACAGACAUUGAAGAGGUUACAGAAGGACCAGGAAAAUUAACAGAAUCGCCAACAGCCCGUCCAGCUGAAAACACCAGAGGAGGCUUGAGACCCUUUAUUCACACCGUUAAUGAUACCAACGCUGAAGAUGUUACAAAGGGACCAGUGAAAUUAUUAACGGCUUCACCUGACGCCGACCCAAACAGUGGCUCGUUUAACGGCAGCAAAACUUUCAUUAAUGCAACUGUAAAAAGUGAAUCACCAACAGCACAUCCACCUGGAAACGCCGCAGAUACUUUGAACGUCUCUGACUCUGAGAAACAUCUCAGCAGAAGAAUGAAACCUGAAUCACCAACACCGCAUCCAGCUGAAAACACCAGAGAUGCUUUCACAGUUUCUAACUCUGAGAUACUUUCAGACACAGAAAUAAAACUUGAGCUAUUACUACUUCAUCAGGAUGCCACCUCAAAUGAUACAGACACUGGAAAUGCUACAGAGGGACCAGUACGAGUAUUAACAGCCCAACUGGAUGCUGACACAAAGACUGAUGGAUUUAAUGGCAGCAGAACCAUCAUUCAAACAAGCAUAAAAACAGAAUCACCAACACCACAUCCAGCUGAAAACACCAGAGAUGCUUUCACAGUUUCUGACUCUGAGAUACUUUCAGACACAGAAAUAAAACUUGAGCCAAUACUACUUCAUCAGGAUGCCACCUCAAAUGAUACAGACACUGGAAAUGCUACAGAGGGACCAGUACGAGUAUUAACAGCCCCACUGGAUGCUGACAUAAAGACUGAAACAUUUAAUGGCAGCAGAACCAUCAUUAAAACAAGCAUAAAAACAGAAUUACCAACACCACAUCCAGCUGAAAACACCAGAGAUGCUUUCACUGUUUCUGACUCUAAGAAACUUCUAGAAAAAACAGUAGAAUCUGCAAUUCAUCAAGAUGACAUCUAUGUUACCUCCAGUGUUACUAAAAGAAAUGCUACAGAGGCAACAAUCACAACUUCACUUUCUGAAGAACUGGAUAAAAAUAAAGACACCUUCAAUAGCAGCGGAAAUGUCAAUGAUAAACCCAUGAAAAGUGAUUCUUCAUAUCAUCUCCAGACCAAUAAUGAGAUCAGUUUGACUACCAAUGACAAAUGGAUAGAAAGUGAGUGUAUUAUUAAAAGCAUAAAAUGUUCAGAGAAGGCCAGUGAAAUGCAAAGUACCUACGGAGCCUGGAUGUCAGACGCAUCGCAGCUGGAUGACGGUCGAUACUGGCUGGCGGAGCAUUUUUCAGGUCGAGUUUUAUUGGAAGACCUGAACCUUUCAUCACUGCAAGACACUAAAAACACCAUAGAUAUCAAGAGGUUCUACCAGGGGUGCGGUCAUGUUGUUUAUAAAGGCUCAUUUUACUUCCACAACGGUGGGAAAAACAGACUUGUAAAAUUUGGCCUGAACACAAGGAAAACGCAAUUACUGACCAUGCCAGACACCAAAUACCACAACCUUACUUAUCUUUUCCGAAACUCAAAGACAUACUUCAAGUUUGCUGUGGAUGAAAAUGGACUGUGGGUCAUCUUUGCCUCAAACACAGAUGAUAGCAUACUGGUUGCAAAGCUCAACCCUGACACAUUCUCUAUAGAGUCCGUCAUAAACACCACCUACCCGGCAGUUAAAGCAGGAAAUGCUUUCAUCGUGUGUGGGGUGCUGUAUUUCACAGACGACAAAGACAGAAGGGUGACAUAUGCCUACGAUUUAAAGAAGAAGAGUCCUGUGGAUGCAAGUUUUGAUUUAAGGCCAGGUAAUGGCAUCUUGGCCAUGUUGUCAUACUAUCCCAACAAAAAGCUUUUGUACAUGUGGGACAACAGAAGUGUGAAUACUUGCAGAGUUAAAUUUAAGAAGACCUAAAGAAAUAUAAUCAAACUUUUUAAAAUCACCAAGACAUCAUGCUGCUGGAUUUACACAGCAGUGCAUGAUUUAGAUGUGUCACAAUAUACAGGUAAAUAAUUGUGUAAUUGUUCUUUUUGUACACUUUUAAUUUGUUUGUAAAAAAAAAAAAAAAGAUAAACCAAAGAUGAAUGGUACUCAUAGCACCUUAUAUUUUUGUAAUUUUCUGUAGAUAGACUUCUGUAGUGAAAGUCUAAUAAUCCAAUCAAAUAAAAACGUGUGCGC